GCGAAUGAUACAACCUCGGCGUUCAACGAUCCACGAAUCCAACGGUCCCGCUGAGGGCAUUUAUGUCAAAUCAGGAUAACCUAUGCAUUUCACUUCUCUUCUGCUAUACAACGAGCCUGCGAGCUAAACUAAACUGGGAUAAGGUUUUUAGAUCACAAAGGAUCAGGAGCGGGAGAGGGACUAAUAUCCCCAAUAAGUUCAGAAUUAUCUGGAACAAGAACGAGUUAUUCCUGCGAGCAAGAUGUCGGCGUGCAUGUAUAGCCCUCUUUCUCUGUCUUCUCCGUCGACUGUUGGAAAAUCGGCAUUUGGUUUCCGCUCGAAAUCGAAGCUGCUCACAGUCCGCUGCACUGUUGGAGAAUUUGUUGCAGAACCAAAAGUUAUGAGUGUUGCCGAGCCACUCCUGGUACGUGCUGUUCGAGGAGAAAAAGUUGAAAGACCUCCAGUUUGGUUGAUGAGGCAGGCAGGGAGGUACAUGAAGAGUUAUCAAAAGAUCUGUGAAAAGUAUCCUUCUUUUCGUGAAAGAUCAGAAAAUGUUGAUCUUGUUGUAGAAAUCUCUUUACAACCAUGGAAAGUUUUCAGGCCUGAUGGGGUUAUAUUAUUUUCAGACAUCCUUACCCCUCUUCCAGGGAUGAAUAUACCAUUUGACAUAGUAAAAGGAAGGGGUCCGGUGAUACACAGUCCUUUAAGAACAGCUGUUGAUGUUGAUCAAGUGACAGAAUUUGUUCCUGAGGAAUCAGUUCCAUAUGUUGGGGAAGCUUUGACUAUCUUGCGGGCAGAGGUUAACAGUUAUGCUGCUGUGCUGGGCUUUGUUGGGGCUCCUUUCACUCUGGCUUCUUAUGUGGUUGAAGGUGGUUCACCAAAACACUACACAAAGAUAAAGAGUCUGGCUUUCUCUCAACCAAAGGUUCUGCAUGCUCUGUUGCAGAAAUUUACAAACUCUAUGGCAAAAUACAUCAAGUACCAAGCGGACGAGGGAGCACAGGCAGUCCAAAUUUUUGAUUCCUGGGCAACUAAACUUAGCCCGGUUGAUUUUGAGGAGUUUAGCCUACCCUAUUUGAAACAAAUUGUGGAUUCUGUUAAGGCAACACAUCCUGAUCUACCUUUAAUCCUUUAUGCAAGUGGUUCUGGGGGCUUGCUCGAGAGACUUCCCUUGACUGGUGUUGAUGUUGUCAGCUUAGACUGGACGGUAGAUAUGGCUGAAGGUCGGAGACGUUUGGGAUCCAAUGUGGCAGUCCAGGGAAAUGUUGACCCUGGUGUGCUUUUUGGGUCAAAAGAGUUCAUAACCAAGCGGAUUCAUGAUACAGUUUGGAUCUAAUUAACGAUCUGUCGGAUUUUCUUUAGGCCUUGGGUUGACUCAGGUCAGUUCCACUCAUUUAGCAGGGGGAUGAGAUAUAUGUUGGCUUAAUUCAUUUGCAUGUGAUAUCGUGAUGCAGCUGGCCCCGAUGCUUUUGAAGACAGGAAAACUUGUGGUGGCCCUGAUGAAUACCAUAGGUCUCUCUGCAAGCUGGGAGUCACCUGCUUCUCUCAUUCCUAAAUAGAAACAAGCAUUAAUAUAUGUGCAUAUUAUUCCAUGCAAAUAUGUCCACAAUAAAUGUAACAACCAUUUGCUGCAGAAGUUUAUCAAAAUAAAAUACAGGAUGUAUGCUUUGAACUUUUUCUCACUUA